UGGUGCCAAGCGCCAGUGACAAAUUAAGAAUCAGACAGCUUGAAGCGGCGGGGUCUGUCUCAGUCUUCCACCCAGUCAGUAACUGAAGAAACAUCAUCCCACAGCUGCGAGAUGAGGCUGCUGUCACUCCUGCUUACUGUGUCAUUAACGCUGGCACUUGCUUAUUAUAUUUACAUCCCGCUCCCUGAUGCCAUUCAGCAGCCGUGGAAGUUGAUGAUACUGGAUGCCUAUUUAAGGACAGCAUUUCAUGUGGCCUCUUUGAAGCAAUGGCUGGGAUUUGACCAUCACACUAGAUCUUUCAGGCAGUUCACAUUUGGCUUUGAAGGGAUAUUAAAGGAAUUUCUGAGUACUGAGUCCAGUGCAGGGGCCGUUCCAGGUGUGAAGGUCAGUGACAUCUCUUUCGCUGGCAUCCCAGUGCGAGUUUACGAGCCCCCAGCUGGAGGGGAGGGUCAUCUGAGGAGAGGGUUGAUGUAUUUCCACGGAGGUGGCUGGGCCCUCGGCACCACCAAGAAGGGGCCAUAUGAUAUUACCAACCGAAUGGUGUCAGAUGAGCUGAAUACUGUUGUGGUCUCUGUUGAGUAUCGUCUGUAUCCAGAUGUGCACUUUCCAGUGCCAUAUUUAGACUGUCUUGCUGCUGCCAAACACUUCUUGUCUCCAGAGGUUCUUGCCAAGUAUUCUAUUGACCCAGAUCGUGUGGCUGUGGCAGGUGACAGCGCUGGAGGAAACCUUGCUGCUGCAGUUGCUCAGGAGAUUUCUGUAGAUGACAGCAUGAGUGUGAAAUUCAGUGUCCAAGCUUUGAUCUAUCCAGUGCUCCAGGCUUUGGAUUUCAAUACACCCUCCUAUUUGCAGAACCAAUAUAUCCCCGUCCUUUACCGGACCAGCAUGAUCCAGUUCUGGCUGCAGUAUCUGAACAUUGACCUCUCUCUUAUGCCCGAGUUUUUAGUGAACAACCACAGCGCUUUGCAACACUCUUCACUCACCCCAGAGCUGAGGUCAAGACUUGACUGGAAUGUGCUACUUACUCAGAAGUACAAGAAGAACUACAAGCCUGUUAUUGUGGAAAAGGGAUCUGAGGGGUUUCUGAAGAAGGUGCCAGGCCUGCUUGAUGUGCGAGCGGUACCACUGCUGGCUGGGCCAGAAGUGUUGGCAAAAUGCCCUCGUGCAUAUAUUCUAACAUGUGAGCAUGACGUGUUGAGGGAUGAUGGGCUGAUGUAUGCCCGCCGCUUACAGGAUGCAGGGGUCGCUGUUACCAGCGACCACUAUGAGGAUGGCUUCCAUGGAUGUUUCAGUUUAACAUCCUGGCCACUUGAAUUUGACGUUGGGAAGAAGGCACUCAGGGGUUACCUCAGCUGGCUGCAGAACAACCUGUAGAAGUGUGUAUGUGUGUUUUUGCAAGUGAGUAAUGGUUGGCUGAAGGCCUAGUAAAUGUACUCUUUGUUUAAAAAUCUGACAUCUAAGCUCAGGGCCCUUGUGUACCUGCACACGCUCAAUACAUGUGAAGGUUUUGUGAUACUUAGAACCAGUCUAAUCUGCAGGCAACAUCAGCAUAGCUAACACUGUGACCAACUAAUAAAGAUACUUUAUAAAGUCAUUAAAGUGCUUUGACAGCCAA